AUGUUGAAACUGCAGAUCGCAAAUGAACAGGAUAGAAAAGAAGCACAGAAUAGAGAAAGGCGAAGGCAGUGUGAACUGGAAAGAAGGUCAAGAAUUUUCAAUGCCAGAAACCGGAAAAUUGGUGUAGACGUACCAUUUCUGGAACGUCAAAUAGAAGAGAAACGAGCCGAGAUCAAUGAGCAGCAGCGUAAGAACCUCGCGUUCGCUCAGCAGAUGAUCAAGGACAGCAACCUGGCCGUCGUUCUAGAAGCACGGGAACGAGAGGAGCGUCGCCGCAUUGAAUUAGAGAUCAACGAAUACAGACAGAGAUAUCAACGUCCAGAAGAUCGACGCGAGUAUGAUCUAAAUGACCCGGAAGUGCUAAAGAAGCAAUUGCCACCUCGCGCCUCUGAUGACCAACCGGUUGGCCUGUCUAGCGCUCAGAAGUUCGAAGGCGAAGAUUUAAACUAUGAAGAGCGCAGGAAGAUAAUGGCAGAACAAAAGAAUGCUUGGCUGGAGCAGCAAGUCCAGGAGCGAAAAGCUGCAGAAGAGGAACGCCGAAAAGCAGAAGAAGCUUAUAUGAUGGCGAUCAAGUCUCGGGACGCUAGGGCUAGUGAACUGGACAGACUGGAGCGGGAGUGCAGGUACAGGCUGGGACAGGCGAAUUUACGUUACAACGAGGCAUUAGCAGCGGAACGUAAGCAAUUGAAACAGAUUAUGAAAGAGCAAGAAGAAGCCGACAACACUGCCGAAAUGUACAACAACCUUACAUCGGACAUGCUCACUGAAAAUCCGGACGUCGCUAAAAGUGCCUUAGGCAAGAACAGGGCCAUCGGUUUCAUGUACAAAGGAAUGAAUCAAGAGGAGUUGAAAAAGUUCUACGCAGCGCAAAAGGAACAAAUGGCUCUCGCCAAGGCGAAACGUGAAGCCGAGGAAAAAAUGGAAGCGGAGUGGCAGGCGUUGGCAAAGUCCAUACAGCACGAGGUCGCACGCCAAGACAUUCAAGACAGGAGAUUAAGAAGGGAGAUGGCCAAACAACUUAUGGAGGAAAACCAACUGUUAGCAAUGCAGCAAAAGGAAAAGGAGAAGUACUUCAAGGAAGUGGUGUAUAAUAACAUGCCUAGUGAUGAAUACUACGCCCAGUUCAAUACCACAACAAGAUAA